AUGAAUCCAUCGCCUGCGACGACCUGCACUAGCCCAUCCAAGACGACAAGGCCACCGCGUACAAAAGAGAUAAUUGACCCUACUUACCCUCUACUGGAGGCCAACCGCUCAGCUAUCGAAUCUGUCAGACGCGAAACUUUUACGUACGGGUCCUCGGACAUCCACAAGCUCGAUGCUUACUACCCCCCGCUGCCAGAAUCCGACAAAGGGCUUCCACCGAUCCUUAUCUUCUUUUAUGGUGGCGGACUGGUUCGUGGAGCACGCUCCUCCCCACCCUCCAACCUUGUACAUAACAACCUUGGCGCUUUCUUUGCAUCCAGAGGCAUUCUCGUCGUGAUUCCCGACUACCGUCUCGUUCCUGGGAUCAUAUUCCCUCAGGGCUCAGAAGAUGUGCGUGACGCAAUUGGAUGGACGAUUGAGAAUGUUGCCGAGGGUGACUCAAACCGUGUGUUUCUUCUCGGUCAUUCUGCGGGUGGCUUGCACUUGGCCUCUUAUCUUCUCCUGCCCUCUCUGUUCCUAUCUUCUUCCGCACUCGGUUGCGUAUGUGGUGUCAUAUUGAUGGGUGUUCCUUGCGAAAUCUCGCCGUCUCGCCCUCGGUUCUACGCUGUCGCACAAUCGUAUUACGGAAAUGCUAAAAAGGUUGUGGCCAAUCAUCCGCUGAGCUUGCUUCGUCAGGCAAAUGACUCGCACAUUCUUUCUCUCCCUCCGAUCCGGAAUAUUAUGGCAGAAAGCGAACCGCGUGCGAUAUCGGCUUCGAUGCGGACAUUUGCUCGGGAAUUCAAGAAAAGAGGAGGCAUUAUCGAGGAAUUCGUUCUUGAAGGUCAUGACCAUCUGAGUCCCGUCUUGGCUCUGAGUUCGGGUAGUGGUGAAGAUUGGGGUCACGAUAUUCUGAGAUGGAUCAUCGGGUAA